AUGUCCUCGUACGUGCGGCGGGAUGAGAACCAGGAGAACGUCCAGCCCAGGAAGGCGCCACUCCAGCAGCAAGCCGGGCCGCAGGGAGGCCGCACCGUGCUGGGAGUGCUGCAGGAAAAUCGGGGGCUGCGGGGGGCUCAGGGACGAGGAGGGAAGCUGCAGUCGUUACCGAUUCUUACUGUACGCAAUCAUUUGGGUACCAACGAUGAGAAUUAUGGAAAACUACCUGCUGGUAAAGCUCCUGUCAAGCAGGCUACCUUUGCAAUCCAUGUGGAUGAGCCGGACUGUGCAAACUAUCGGAAGCAGCCAGUUACAAAAAAACCUGUGCAGGAUGAGCACCUGAAACAGCUGAAUAAAGUGGUCAUCUCUCUCGGACAAAGGAAACCUCUGGAACCCAUAGAAAUCCCAGUAGUCCAUACUAGUUAUGAUUCUCCAAUGGAUAUGUCCAUUGUGGAGGAGGAAGAAAAGGUGGUCCGUAGUAAUGAAGUUCCAGAUUAUGCAGAAGAGAUUCACACUUAUCUUAGGGAAAUGGAGAUGAAGUGUAAACCCAAAGCUGGCUACAUGCAGAAGCAGCCCGAUAUAACGAAUAACAUGCGUGCAAUCCUUGUUGACUGGCUAGUUGAAGUUGGUGAAGAAUACAAGCUGCAGAAUGAGACUCUUUAUUUGGCUGUGAACUACAUUGACAGGUUCUUGUCGUCAAUGUCUGUAUUACGGGGAAAGCUUCAACUAGUUGGCACUGCUGCUAUGCUUUUAGCUUCGAAAUUUGAAGAGAUUUAUCCACCUGAAGUAGCCGAAUUUGUUUACAUAACUGAUGACACUUACAACAAGAAACAAGUUCUUAAAAUGGAACAUUUGGUUCUUAAAGUUCUGUCCUUUGACCUUGCUGCUCCAACCAUCCUACAAUACCUCAAUCAGUAUUUCCGGCUCCAUCCAGUGGCUUCUAAAAUGGAAAGCUUGUGCAUGUAUCUGGGCGAGCUCAGCUUAAUAGAUUCAGACCCUUUCCUCCGAUAUUUGCCAUCUGUUGUUGCUGCAUCGGCUUUCGUCAUUGCAAACUUCACAUUAAACGAUGAGACUUGGCCAGACUCCUUGGCCCAGUUCACAAGAUACUCAUUAGAAAGUCUUAAACCUUGCAUCUUGGAUCUGUAUCGCACUUAUCUUUCUGUCUCGACCCACCAACAACAGGCUGUGCGCGAGAAAUACAAAAAUGCAAAGUAUCAUGGUGUAUCAACAGUUGAGCCUCCAGAGUCCCUUUCUAUAUUUUUAUAA